GUGUUGUGUGCAAUAUGUACUUUUAUUUUUCAGUUCUUUUCAAAGGAGAUCUUCUCUUCUUCACACCUCUCUUUCUUCUCAUCACCUCACGCCUCCUUCUACCUUCUCCUCUUCCUCAUUCCUUAUCCCUCAUCAACACAUCUCUCUUCUCUCCCUUCUCAUCCCAUUUCAAUGGACUCCAUCAAGAAAGCCGCCACAGAGUUCAUCCUCACCCCAGAGUACCAUGACCUGCUCUCGAUCGUCAAGGGCUUCAGGAACGGUCUUGUGUACGGUGCAAAGAUCCGCUUCCCACACGCCCUUGUCAUGACCCUGCUCUUCCGUCGCUCAAACUUCAAGGAUAUGGCGACCUUUGUGCUGAAGGCAACUAGACAGCAUGCCCGGAAUCUGGCUUUCUUCUGCACCAUCUACAAGACUCUGCUGAUCGCUCAGAGACGCAUGCGCGGCAAGGAACUGCCACUCGACUCUUUCUUGGCCGGUCUCGUUGGUGGAUAUGUUGUCUUUGGAGAGAAUAACAACGUCAACCAGCAGAUCGUGCUGUAUCUGUUCUCGCGUAUCAUGAUGGGUCUGGCCAAGCUGCCGGUCAAGAAGAAUGUCAUCGCAGAACCUGCGCAGACCUUCCCGAUCUUCGCCUCCCUAGUCUGGGCCACAGUCAUGUUCCUCUUCCAGAACGAGCGGGAUGUGCUCCAGCCUUCGCUGCGAGCAUCGAUGCAGUACAUCUACAUCGACUCCAACCGCUGGAAUACCCUCAAGAACUUUUUGUGGCACAACAAGUAAAAAAAAAAACACAGACCUUGAUUUGCCUGGAACCCACACGACUGAACCUCCAUCGGACCCGAUCGACCCUUCUCUUUACUCUUACCAUUAUUAUCUUUGUGUUAUUACGACUGCUUUCUUUUACAUUUCUUUUUCACCCUCGAUUUAUUUUAUCUCUCCACUCCUCGACAACACCCCUGUUCAUGUUGCUGUUGAUCAGCAGCCCAUUACUUGGGCCCGCUCAAAGUAAUAGGCAGAAAAAAGAGAGCUGCCUUCUAUUGUGCGUUCGAAGUGUUCAAGUCCUACACUCCCCCAACACCUCGCCAUCCUUCCUAUUCACUGGUUGUGAUGUAGUCGUCAUAGACAUUGAGUAUCAAUAAACUUAGACAAUCCACCUAUGAA